AAUUCGAAGCUUAACUUUAACCAAAUCUCUCUACCAUACAUAUCCGAUCUUCGGAGAGCCGACCGAGAAGACUGAGCUCCAGCCUUUACUCUACAAGGCAUCGGAAAUCACUGAUCCUCCCGAAGUUUCCGUCCUCUACCACAUACGGCAAAAUGGAACAGCCACUUCGUCUCCGAGAUAUCCAGCCGGCGCCCUCUGCUCAGGGUAUACCGACCAUCCGUUCCACUGGCCAAGUCACCAAGCGCACCGCUUCUUAUACAACACCAGCUAAAUCAUCGUCUGAGACCACCAUAUCACAAAACUCGCACUGUCAGAAGAUCGACGAAGUCCGACACUAUGACCAGGAAUUAAAGGCCGGUUUGACUCAGCUUUUGAAUGAAGGAAAAGAUAAAUCCAGUAUGCAAGGUCGGAGAUUCGUGCAGAAUAAGUUGAUGGAAACGGAACGAGAAUUGAGGAAACAGCAUAAGGAAUCUCUCAAGAGCCGCAGACCUAGUUUGGCUUGAAAUUUGUCUUCUAUCAUGAUGGAGUAUCGGGGGUAUUCUAAUUGCCUGGUUUUGCACGCCGUGUCUUCGGAUCUGGGUCAAGCGAGGAGUUGGUGGUUUUGUUGGGCAGUGAUCUGUGGUUUCUAUUAUGGCGCUGAUCAAUGAUACAU